AUUUGGGUGGAAAUCCAGCAGAGGGCGCGGCCGAUCAGGAAGUGAAAUCCGUACUGCUUUGUUUUUAAACGUGACCUAAGUUCCCUAUUCAGCCUUUAAAUUUUGCCGGAACCCGUGAUAAUGGCUCACCACAACAGCAGCGUUCACGAGGAUGUCAAGGAUUAUUAUGGAAAGAGGCUCCAGAAGACGUCGGACCUGAAGACAGGCGCCUGCGUGGCUCCAGCUCAGCCUCUCCCAGCCUUUAUACGGGAAGCCCUGAAGAAAGUUCACCCUGAAGUAUCUAACAAAUACUACGGGUGUGGUCUGGUGGUGCCGGAGUCCUUGGAGGGCUGCAGGAUUCUGGACCUGGGCUGUGGGAGUGGAAGGGACUGCUACAUGUUAAGUUUGCUAGUUGGGGAAAAAGGUCAUGUCACUGGCAUUGACAUGACUGAGGCCCAGCUCGAAGUGGCCAGAAAAUAUAUGGAUUAUCACGCGAAGGAGUUCGGCUACAAGAAGCCAAACGUGAGUUUUGUCCAGGGCUACAUUGAGGCCUUAUCUGCGGCGGGUCUGGGAAAAAACUCGUUUGACAUCAUCAUCUCAAACUGCGUAGUGAACCUCUCCCCAGACAAGAAGCAGGUUCUGGCUGAAGCAUACAAUGCACUCAAGGACGGGGGUGAGCUGUAUUUCAGUGACAUCUACUCCAGUGGAAGGCUGACAGAGGGAAUUAAAAAUCACAAAGUGCUGUGGGGUGAAUGUCUGGGCGGAGCGCUGUGGUGGAAGGACCUGCUGCAGCUGGCUGAGGAGGUGGGCUUCAGUCAGCCACGGCUGGUCACGGCCACCGUUGUCGCCGUUGACAAUAAAGAACUGCAGGACGUGUUAGGUGACUUCAAGUUUGUUUCUGCCACGUACCGCCUGUUCAAAGUCCCCAAAGGCAAAACCAAGACCUGCCAGGUCAUAUAUAAUGGAGGCAUCACUGGGGCAGAGAAUAUCUUCCAGUUUGACUGUCACUACACCUUUAAGACCAAUGAAGUGGUGCAGGUGGACGGAGAAGCAGCUUGCAUCCUGACGCAUUCCAGAUUUGCAGAAGACUUCACUUUCCAGCCACCAGGGGGCUCCAGUGAGCCUUGUUGUGCCAAGCCUAAGACUGACACGGUGGAUCCUUUCAACCUGGCCUCUCAGUCGGGCACUCGAGGGGGAUGCUGCAGCACGAAAUCUGCCGACUGCUGCAAAUGAUCACGGGACGAGCACUGAGAAAUGCAGCAGCAUGCUGUAUGCUGUGCGACUGUCCUUUUUCAGUAAGCUUAAGAUCAGACACUUCAGAUGAAUAACAUUUCAAACUUUCCCUGUUCCAAAUGUGCCUCUACACAGUUUUCUAAGAGAAGAGAGAUGGCUGUGAAAUGUCACAAAAGGACUUCUUUUUUUGGCUUUCCUGAAAUCACUUUCUAAAUUAAGGAUAAUGGAAAAAUAGCUCAAAUCAGAAAAAAUCUGAGUAAAGAUGACUACAAAAUAACUUGCUAUUCUUCACAGAGCACCAGUGAAGGUUUUUUUUCUUCUUUUACAUGUGUUGGCAGUUCUUUGUAAUCAACAGGCUCUAACACCAUCGUAUCCUUACUUAACCUUCGUAAGGUGAAGCUCUAGUUUCUGCAGCCACUCAGGUUCUAAGGUGAUUUACAGAACUGGACAUGUUGACAUUUCCCUGUAACAUGUACUCUUUGUGUAGAUGAAUAAAUAUUGUGUGUCCUCAAGA